AGCCGCUUCCAGCGGCAGCAGCGCGCCCAGGCCCGGCAGCGCUCGGAGCGGGAGUUCUCCUCCGUGCCGCACUCGUUCGUGUUCCCACGCGGCCGCGCCGGGAGGAGCCUCAGGAGCCUCUGCAGGGACCUCCGGAGGGUCCUGGAGCCCUUCACGGCCAGGAACCUGCAGGUGCGCCGGAGCAAUUCCCUGCGGGACCUGGUGGCCGUGGCCGGGCCCUUGGGGGUCACCCAGUUCCUGGUGCUCAGCAAAUCCCAAACCGGCAUCAACCUGAAACUUUUCCGGCUGCCGGGGGGUCCCACCCUGACCUUCAAAGUGCUGCAGUACUCCCUGGUGCGGGACGUGGUCUCAGCCCUGAGGAGGCACCGCAUGCACGAGCAGCAGUUCCUGCACCCCCCUCUGCUGGUUCUGGGGAAUUUCGGGGCGCGGGCGGGGAUGGAGCUCCGGCUCACGGCCGGGAUGUUCCAGGGCAUGUUCCCGGCCCUCAACGUCCACAGGGUGAACCUGAACUCCAUCCGGCGCUGUUUGCUCAUCUCCCACGCACUGGAAUUCAAAUCCAGCAGUGUCCAGGUGGUGCCCGUGGGGCUCAGCCGGGGGCUCCGGAAAAUUCUGCAGGAGAAAUUCCCGAACCUGGGCAGGAUGGACGACGUCAGCCAGCUGCUCAUGGGGGACGUUGUCCUGUCCGAGAGCGAGGCGGAGCCGGACGGGUCCCAGAACGUUCUGGAACUGGCCCAGAACGGGCGCGGGAAAGCGGUGACACAGCAGAGCGCCAUCAGACUGACCGAGAUCGGGCCCCGUCUGACGCUGCAGCUGCUGAAGGUGGAGGAGGGGCUGGGCCAGGGCAACGUCCUCUACCACGGGCUGGCCCCCAAAGGGGAGGAGGAGCUGCGGGAGCUCCUGGCCCGGCGCGAGCAGCGGCUGCAGGUGAGGGCGGAGCGGCGGCGGCAGCAGGAGCAGAACCUGGAGAGGAAACGGAAACAGCGGGAACGGCACAGGGAGCGCAGCCUGGCCGGGAUGGGCCGGGCCCCAGGUGGCCCCACAGGUGACCCCAGGGGUGGCCCAGGUGACCCCGGGGGUGACAGCGACGUCGAGGACCCCGGCGCACCUGAGGCAGGUGAGGCCGAGGCGUCGGAGGAGGACGAGGCCGAAUAUUACAGAGAGGAGCUGGGGGAGGAGCCCGACACAGAUUUGUUCCCCGGCAGCUCCAAGAGGAAGCGAAGCCCCUCGGCCGCGCCCCGAGCCCGGAAACGACGGAAGAGGAGCCCAAAAUCCACCCCUGGAACCCCAAAAUUCCACCCAAAAACCCCCAAAUCCCACCCUGGAAAUCCCAAAUUUCGUCGUGGCACUCCAAAAUCCCAACAGGGAACCCCAAAAUCCCAUCCAGGAAACCAAAAAUCUCACCCAGGAACCCCGAAAUCCCAUCCUGGAUCCCAAAAAUCCACACCUGGAGCCCCAAAAUCCCACCCAGGACACCCAAAAAACCCCAAACCCCACCCCAGGAAUCCUGGAACCCCCAAAUCCCAACAGGAAACCCCAAAAUCCCAACCUGGAACCUCCAGAUCCCACCCAGGACACCCCAAAAACCCCAAAUCCCACCCAGGACACCCCAAAAACCCCAAAUCCCACCGUGGGAAGCUCCUGAGCCCCCAGAAAAUCCCAAAUUUCCCUCGGCCAGGACGGGCCCGGAAAAGGAAAAACUGA